AAUUUGAUUGUAUUGAAAAAAUUGAUUUUGAAUCCAUCAUCUUCUUUAAGAAUAGCAGAGGUGGAGUCAAGGUCAGGGGCACGUGAACAACUAACUAAUCGAUCACCGUUCUGUGUGCGACCAAGAAUACCUCUCUGAAAUCUGACAAUUUUCACAGAUUCGCAGUUUUUGGAAACUGCAAUUUUGUUACCGGAAAGAAGCACCUGGAAAGUAAUACAAUGGAUAUGUACAUUCGUGUUAAACGUAGUAAGACAACCUACUUCAUCCGGUGCAAGGCAUCUGAUAAAAUUAUUGACAUAAAGCAGAAGUUGCAAGAACUUGUUGAUCAGCCAACUAGUAAUCAACGGUUAAUUCUACCUGGUACAGGGGAAGUAUUAGAAGACUCUAAGACUUUGGCAGAUCAAAAGGUAGAAAAUGAUGCCGUUGUAGCACUGACCUUGAGAAAAGAUGAUAAUGAGUUUGAGGAGGUCAACAUUGUUCGGCCUAACGAUUUCUACCAAGCUCGGGAUGCAGAUGGUGCGAGUUGGUAAAGCCAUGGCUAACUCACAUUGCCGGUACCCUGCUCAUGGAAUAAUUGAUAAAUAUUCCUUGUAACACUUUAAAUGCAAUUUCUGUUAUGUGCUAAUAGUACUGUUUCAUUAAUUUAUCAGUUGGCAUGAUGAAAUCCAUAAUGGCUCAGGAAACAUUUCCCCAAACGAUUGAUCAAUUGUAGGAAUAAUUAUGUGCUUGUUAUAUCAUGCAUUGCCUGAAGAGAGUAUGGCACUUUCUGAAUCUUUUGAAUCAAAUUUGUGGGCUAUAGUUUAGAUUGGCUUUAUACCAAUGUAAAUGUAAUGCUGAAGGACUGGCAUAUCUAAGCGUGGUCAUAAAGAAGACGUGAAUCAUUUGCAUAAUAUUGGCCAUUGUGGGCAGGUACUUUUAGUUUUUAUAUUUGUCAAAAUUUUGUAUUUUAGUUAUUGUACUUAUAACCUAUUUUAGUCUUCAAGCAAAUAAUAUUUUGUAUGUAUUAGUUCA